AUGAAACAAACCACCCGGACAAAAGGCGUGAAGCGGCGCAGGACAGGAUGUACCCGCUGCAGAGCCAGUCACCAUAAAUGCGAUGAAAAACAACCUCGCUGCAGUCGGUGCCAGAGACUGGACCUGGAAUGUGAACUAUCCGAUUUCAUCGUCCCGUCCAAUUGGUGCUCCUCAGUUCAGGGAGCGGCCGCCGCGGACGAAGAAGAGCGUCCUAACCCGGCUUCAACUUGGGAAGUGUUCAAUAAUUCAAUUACUCCACUACCACAAGUCACGUCCCCUAAGCAGCCACCUGCAUCUCACACAGAACCACCCUCUCUGGAUGGCGACAAGGUCGCAUUAAUCCAAGAGUUCCAGAACGGCGUAGGAAAAUGGGUCGACCUCUUCGACGACGAACAGCAUUUCCAACGGACAGUCGUGAAACGCACCCUUGAAUCACCGUUGCUCAUGGAUGCGAUUUGCGCCCUCACAGCAAGACAGGUUAGCAUGGUCAACCGAGCAGAACUGUGGAAGUCGGCUGCCGUCCAGUACUACGCAGAGAGUCUCCAUCAUCUGAUUACCACGCUUGGUCUCCCAGCCUCUUCACCCGAGGACACGCUGUCAGCGACAAUUUUACUGAGCAGUUACGAGCUCCUCGUCCUGCCUGGGCUGGAUCACCGGCGGCAUGUGUCGGGCGCGCUCACUCUGAUCAAGAGCUAUGGGUGUAAAGCCAGCUCGCAGGGCCUGAUAGGAGCGGCGUUCUGGGUGUAUGCCCGGCAAGAUCUUGCAAUGGCUUUGGUGCAUGAAUGUCCCACCAUGCUUCCGCCUGAGGAAUGGGGUGUUUCUUUGGCCGAGCAAGAAACGAGGGAAGACCGGCUGGGGAACAAACUGAUUUGGCUCUUAGCCAAGAUCGUUGCGCAUACGUUUGGAGAAACAGACGGGCGCUCGAUUGAAUUGCUUCGUGAUAAUCGAACCAGCUUGAUGAGGGAGCUCGAUGCUUGGUUUGAGAGUUUGCCCGUGUCAUUCAGUGGUACGACAUAUGGCCCCCCUUCUCCAGAGGGCUUUGUUAAACGCUGGUUUGCCAUACCAUCAACAGCGGCUGCAAUGUGUAUGUACCACCUAGCAUAUCUCCUGCUGCUCGCGGAGGGGUGCAACGCUUCUUUGUCGGCUCAAGGUGAUCUACAGUCUGAUAUCGACAACCACGCGCGGUCUAUCGCAAGUGUAACCCUCUCGCCCAUUUCUGACGGCGCUCUAGUGCAAGCAGUACAGCCGCUUUUUUAUGCCGCGAAACAUAUCAACUCCGUUGGUGGGAAGGCUAAGAUAUGGGCGCUUUUGGACCGGAUUGAGAGUCAGCUCGGCUUUCAUACUAGCGAUCGAAUCGGACAACUACAGCAGCAGGUCAAGGUGUGCUGA